ACUCCAGCCUCAGCAAAUGCUUCUGCUACCUCAAGUACACCCACUCCCUCCACAGCCACCUCAGGUUCCAGGAACCCUUGCCAGCAAGAUUCCUGUAAGGGUGGUUCUUCAUGUGUUAGUCUGAAUAAUACGUUUUUUUGCCUGUGUUCAGAAGGGUAUUACUAUAACUCUUCCACCUGCAAUAAAGGAAAGAUUUUCCCUGGUAAAAUUACGGUCAAAAUAUCAGAAACAACUGAUCUAGAACAUGAAAAUUCUGUGGCCUAUCAAAAUUUAUACCUUCAAGUUACAAAUUUUUUUAAUGACACAUUUAGCAAUUCUGAGUACGGACAGACCGUAAUUCUUAAAGUAAGCACAACUCCUUCAGCAAGAUAUGAAAUGCGUGCCAGCAACCAGCUUGUUGAGGUAGAAGUAGUAAACAUUUUUAGAGAAACUACAACAGAAAAUGAGAGUUCCAUAUUUAAUGCCAUUGACCAAGCAAUUAAAAGCAACCCAAGUGACUUUACAGAAUAUAUCCAGCAAGAUCGGUGUGAUUAUUAUGGAUGUAAGAGGCAAAAUGAGCAAGAUGAGUGCCCCAGUGGUUUACUGUGUGAGUGCAAAGAGGGGCUGGAGAGACCAAACCCACAGAUCCCUCUGUGUGUUGCUUUGGGUCCAGCAUGCUCUGAUACCUGCAAUGCAGAGAACAAUAGGCAAUGCCUCGUGAGGAGCGCUGGGAACGCCGAAUGCUUGUGCCUGCCUGGCUACAAGGAGGAUAAAAACAAGAUCUGUCAAGCGUGUCCAUUUGGCUACAGUGGAGUUGGCUGUGAAAACCCAUAUCGGCUGAUCCUCACCAUCGUGGGCACCAUCGCUGGCAUCCUCAUUCUCAGCCUGGUGAUUGCAUUCGUCCUCUCAUUAAGAUCAAACAACAAAAACAAGAAUGUGGAAGAACAGAACUUGAUUGAGAAUGACUUUCAAAACCUGAAACUGCAGGAGACUGGCUUUAGCAACCUAGGAGCAGGAAACCUCUUUCCUAAGAUCAAGGUGGACAUUUCCAGAGGUGGUCAGCCACAGAAUCCCUAUAUAACCCAGGGUAGUAUACCCCGCCCUGACUAUUAGAAUGGUAAAAAUUUGGAACCAUCCAUGGCCGUCAACCCAGCACAUGAGAUUUUUGUGUGAGGGUUUGAUAGACUGAUGGAGAAAAGAGAUCUGGCCUUUAGUAUUUUUCCUCCAUCCAACAUCUGGUCUCUCUGAAUGGAAGCUGUAACUGUUUGCAUUGAAUUCAGCGUGUUUGAAUCUAAGUACCUAUGAAGUUAAAUGCACACAUAAAUGCUAUUAGCACUUGUAAGAUAGUUGAUUUGCUCCAGUACAGUGGUUAGGUGUUUGUUUGUUUUUUCCUGGUGGGACAACAAUAACCAUUUCCAAACUAGAGGGAAGCUCCCCAGGAUUGUUCAUUCCUGGAAGAGUCUAAGUGUUGCUUUGAGUUGAUAGCAUGCAGAUAAGUGACCUAAUUCUCGGAAAUUCUUACACAUCAGCUGUGGAAUUCCAGUAGACGGGAGGAGACACCAUCCUUAAAGGUACUCAGUGGACCCUGAAGAUUCAUUCUCUAGCAAGUUAAAAUAAGGAUGCUACUUCUGGUCCUCAAAUGUGGGAAUUUCAUUACCCUUAAACUGCUUGCGACCUGGCUUCACACCAAGAGGACAGAAAACAAGACAUGUCUCCCAGCUUUCAGGAAGGAGUUCCUGGGCAUCCAGGACCUUUGAGAUGUUAAUUAAAAGAUGUGGACUUGGGAGUUCCCGUCGUGGCGCAGUGGUUAACGAAUCCGACUAGGAACCAUGAGGUUGCGGGUUCGGUCCCUGCCCUUGCUCAGUGGGUUAAUGAUCCGGCGUUGCCGUGAGCUGUGGUGUAGGUUGCAGAUGCGGCUCGGAUCCUGCGUUGCUGUGGAUCUGGCGUAGGCCGGAGGCUACAGCUCCGAUUCGACCCCUAGCAUGGGAACCUCCAUAUGCCGCGGGAGUGGCCCAAGAAAUAGCAAAAAAAAAAAAAAAGACGAAAAAAAAAAAAAAAGAUGUGGACUUGAGAUGUCUUCCAUGAGGAUACAUUCUAGAGUCUUUGAAAUGCUGGUGGGUGAGACCAAGAGUAGGAGCAACAGAGGCAGAAGGAAGCUGAGCUGGGAGGAAGAAGGUACCCAAGACCCACCUUCAUCCUCAGAUUCCCCUCCCCAAUAAACAGGUGGGCACUUUCUCUAAUGCAUGCCCUACCUAUGACUCAAGACCUAUGAAAGGAUGUGAAGAUAAAAACCCUGGAGCAAGAGUUUGGAGUCACUUUGAAAUUGUAGACAUUCUGUCUGGCUGAUGGUGGAGAAGUGAUGCAGAUUCCAGAGGUACUUCACCAAAGUCUCAGCCUUCCCUGGGGACAGAGGCUUAGCAGUGGCCACCAACACACACACGCACAUACACAGCCAAGAAUGGGGCAGCCACCUGCCGCACAAGCUUUCUUUAAUGUUAAUAGUAUACUUGUUUAUGUCUGAUGUCUGGUCUCCUUGCAAGUUAUUUGUAUUUGUUAUUAUUAUUUGUUUUUGACUGAUAACUGUAAAAGGUAAUAAAUUAUCUUUAGUA